AUGGGUCAAUUGGAGGAAACAGCAGCUCAGCAGCAACAACUACAACUGCAACAGCAGCAGCAGGACCACAUCGAAACAAUCCUUCGAGAAAAUGAGAACAUACCCAUCAAGAUCGCAUCGGUAAACAUAACAGGCGCCCAAGACAUAAAUCCACAGACACUGCAGUCGCAUCUGGAUGCCACGAUCUUCAAGGCAAAGACGUUGCGUGAGUUGUCCGGACGAACAGAAACACUGAAUAGGAAAUUGGUCCAGAAUGGGCUGGUGAAAGAUAUUCGCCAGGGGUUUGACUCAUUGGGGAUAGUAGACAACGAAGUCACAGGAUCCGCCCUUAAUCUGGUCUCCCACUUGCAGAUAGUACCUAUCAACAAGUUUCUGGCAAAGACCGGUACCAACGUCGGCAAUGGAGAGGGUGACGGUUAUCUGGAGUUCCAGCUGAGGAAUCCCCUGGGCAAUGGAGAGUUGUUCCGUUUCAAUGUCAUGAAGGGCACCAAGAUCCAGUCGUCGUACUUGUUCCAGGCCUCGAGUCUGCUAACCCCGUUCUGGAACAUGAACCUGGACCUGUUUAAGAACGUUACCGAGCCUGCCAGGAAUCUGCCGCUGGAGCUGGGUGUUGUCGGUGGCAAGUUUGCCAUACGAAGUGGAUUCAUCCAGAGCGAUAGCCGCUGGAACUACGAAUUUUUCACUCAGAGUAUGCUACGAUCGUGCACUAAUACCUCUCUGAGUGCGUCAGACUCCGUAUUAUUCCAGACAGGCGACGACUUCAAGAGGACCCUGGGGAGCACUAUCAUCUGGGAUUCCAGAGACAGCCAAAUUGCGCCCAAUCGAGGACAGUCCCUCAAGUGGUUUAAUGAGCUGUCGGUAGGGAGGUACUGGAAGAACCAGCUGGAAUUAUCUCAUCUUAAGAGUUGGUUUGACAAUGACUUUGUUACGAUGAGUUGUAAUUUCAAGACCGGAUACAUACAUAGUUUAUCCAGUCAGUCGGUCCAUAUCAGUGACAAGUUCCAGAGCGGUGGACCCAACGACAUCCGAAGUUUCCAAUCUAUGGGGCUGGGCCCCAAGGAUCACAUGAACUCCAUCGGUGGUGAUGCGUUUGUGUCGUACGGUGUCAGCGUAUUUUCACGCCUGCCCAUCGAGAAGUGGUCGGCUUCGAACUUCAGAUUGCAUGGGUUUAUUAACGGGGGGAACCUAAUCGAUCAUAACGGACAGGCGUUGACUGACUGUCUUGCAGCUUUAUCGAGGCAGCAUUCUACUUCUGCGGGUGUUGGUAUCAUCUUGAGGCACCCGAUGGCUAGGUUUGAGCUAAAUUUCUCAGUUCCCUUGACGAUGCAUUCGGGAGAUGAUGUCCGCAAGGGCCUUCAAUUUGGGGUGGGUCUCUCAUUCUUGUAA